AAUUACUUUACCAUUACAAACCACGCCAAAUUUUAAUAUAAACAGUGCAAACUGGUUAUUGCGCUAUUGGAUAAAAACAAAUACGUACACAGAUAAAUGUAAAGUGUUUUUGUCGGUCUUACAGAUAUCGCGCGUCAAUUUUGAUCCCCCCUACUUUCCGUAGUGUAACAGCACAGCGCACGUCACAUGAUAAAGAUGGCGUCGCUCUCUGGGGGCAGAGCAGCCCAGAGUGUCGGGAGAGAAACACUAACGACCGGCAAGGACGACGAUAUACGGUGACCUGUUGCAGUUGUCUGUGAAUUAGCAGAGGGGGGAAAUUAAACCGUCCAAUAUUGUGAAAGAUGGGGUUAGAGCGUCUUCUGUGCGGCGUGCUGGAGCUUUACUCCAGGCGGCUUCGACUCGUCAAUAUUCCGCACAAAGUCGGCGUCGUGUGUCGGAACGCGUCGACGUCGCCGCAGACUUCACCGGGCAGCGGCCUGUCGCCGCGGGUAACGUGUAUGUCGGGACUGUGCUGCAGGAUCUUCGUCCACACGAGCCGCCGUGUCCCUCACGGACAGGUGGCGGCCCGCCGCAGCCUCUCCUCCUCCUCCUCCUCCUCCUCCACCCAGCCCUCCCGAAACGUCGCCCUGUUCGAGGACGACAGGACCCGCUUCUUCCGGCUCCUCUCGGUCUUCUGCGGCGGACAGUUCCUCUUCUGGACGUACCUGGCCCACUUCGCCUACACCGGCCUCAGGAGCACCGGGGGCGCUGCAGAGAAAGGGAGAGCCAGGGCGCCCGGCGCCACCGGGCUGGCCGGAGUGUGGAGUCUCGAGAUGGACCUGGGCUCAAGCGUCUGGAGGUACGGCUUCACGCUGGGAUGCCUGGCCGUGGGCGCGGGGAUCGUGGGGCUCGGGUCUUUGUUUUGCCGUCGCUCUGUGAGCAAGGUGGUUCUACAUCGAGGGGGGAAGAUGGUGACGGUGUGCACACAGUCACCGUUGGGACCCGGCCGAGGGCAGAAGAUAACAGUCCCUCUGUCCGAGGUGGCCUGUCACUCUCACAGACACGAGUCCCGCUCAUUCAUCCCCCUCAAGGUCAAAGGACACAAGUUCUACUUCCUCCUGGACAAAGAGGGCAAACUGAAUAACGCCAGGCUGUUUGAUGUCACUGUUGGGGCAUACCGGCAAUUUUAAUAUGGGCUUUCCAAGACUGUGUUGGGUAACAGAAAAACAAUGUAAGACCUGUCAACAGAACUCAUUUUACAUAAGUAUGACCAACAAAUGUCAGAUUGAUUGUUCCUCUUAACUGAAAUAAAAUCUUCAAGCUCA